AUGGCAUUUACCGUCCAGCCCUGUUUUCCGGCCGACGCCCCGGGCCUCGCCGCGACCAUGAUGGGCGCCCGCCUCACAGACCCCCAUUGGGCGAACAUGUGGGAAGAUCCGAACUCCGAGGAUAUCAUUUCCAAAGCCAUUCACCGCGUUCCUUGGAACUUGGUUACCGGAAGAAAUACUAAACGCCAUCAAAAAGCGAUCGAUCUUGCGACCGGUAGCGUGGUCGGCUAUGCCCGGUGGUGUCUCCCUUCCGAUCUCGCCAAAAAGAGCGAUGUUUGGUUAGAGGCUCAAGUAGCCGAGGGAACAGCAGCUGAGCGCGCGAUUUAUGAGAAACAGUAUCAAGUUAACACUAAGAACGGACAAGCUAUCGGUCUCAAGGGCGGAGAGAUGAGGAAUUAUCGCAGUGCGCCUCUGGAAGCGGUGGAUGCCAGGAUUAUGCGGGAUGGACCCUUUCUCACUCUUGAUUAUCUAACGACAGACCCUGCCUUCUGGCGGCGAGGCAUUGGCAGCAUGCUCGUGAAAAGUGGCCUUCGAAUCGCCGACGUGCAUGGAAUCAAGACAUAUGUGAUGUCGGAGCCCGCUGCGUUGAAGCUUUAUCUCAAUCUCGGGUUUGAGCUUGUAGAUACUGUGUCGACCGAUUAUUCUCAAUAUGGGGGAACGGAGCCCAUGGUCCAUUAUUUCCUAGUCCGCCAACCAUGUCCAUGA